AUGUCAGGGGUAAAGGCAACCACGUAUGUUGAGGUACUGGAAAAAGUUUUAGAAGUUGAGUUGUGUGAAAGUCAUAUACAGAAAGACAAUACGGCUAGGUGGGAGGCCAGAACGGCCAGUAAUGGAGGCAAGACUUGUUACAAGUGUGGGCAACCGGGAAACUAUAAGAAGGACUGUCCGCAAAAGGGUGAUCAACUCAAGGAUGACAAACUUGUCCCAGCUCGAGUAUUUGCACUAGCUAGAGGGGAGGCUGAGACUAGUAACACUGUAGUUGUAGGUCAGAUUUCUAUCUCUGGGAAACUAUGUACUGUUUUAUUUGAUUCUGGAGCUACGCACUCAUUUAUUGCUUCAAAGAUGAUAGAUAAGUUAGAACUACUGUAUGUAAACUUUAGUUAUAAGUUCAUGAUGGAGUUGCCCUCGGGCGAGGUUAUGAUAUCAUCUAGAGGAGUGCGGGAUGCGCUAAUAAGGAUUGCAGACAAGGAACUUAGUGGAGAUCUGAUAGAGCUGGAGAUGGGGAUUACGAUCUUAUCUUGGGUAUGGAUUGGCUAUCACGACAUGGAGCAAUAA